AUGGCCGCUAUCAUCGAGCAAUACAAGCAGCUCGCGGAGCAGUACUACGAACGAUACUCCGAGCAACUCUGGGAGGCCAUCCCGGUUUUCUCAACCACCACCUAUGUCCUCACCACCAUCGCCGUCUGCCUGCCGCCCAUCAUCGCCCUUGUGAUCUACGAACGCGAGCAGGCAAAGCUCCUGGCCGAGCAACCGCAGGGAUGUCGAAAGUUAGGCAUGAAGAUUGAGAGCAAUCUGCUCAAUGAGUUCGACAAGAAGUUUUCGGAAGGCAGACCUCCUAGCACCGAGGAGACAUCGGCAGAGUGGUGGCGCUUGAAGAGCAUGUGGAUCUAUCCAGUGAAGAGCUGCAAAGGCGUAGAGCUGAACCGUGGAACGAUCAUUUCAACGGGCAUGGAGUAUGACCGUCAGUUUACCUUUGCUCAGUUGAAAAGCCCAUUUCCAGUCAACGCCAACACACCGGAGAAGGACAAGGCAGCACACAAGUGGGAGUUCAUUACUCAGAGGCAAUUUCCGCUCCUAGCCAACGUGCGAACCGAAAUGUGGAUGCCAGACCAGAGUGUCGACACGUACAAACCACAUUGCGACGACGUUGAGAGUGGUGGAGUAAUCAUCAUGAGCUUUCCAUGGCAGGAGCCAGGCUGGAAAGCAGCCGUUGCGAGAUGGGGAGGGUCCUUCCUGGGACGAGUUCCUGAGAAGCAGUUCAGGGUUCCAUUUGACCCAACUCCUGUGCAAAUCGAGAAGGCAGGGUAUUCAUUUGAAAAGAUGACCAUCUGGAAAGACACAGUGAAUUCUUUGAACCUGGAGAUUGACAUCCCGGAAGAGUUGAGAUAUUACCUGGGCAUCAGCAAUAAGUUAGGGCUCUUUCGAAUCGACAAUUCUAAACUCAGAGAAGUCCACAAAAUGGCGCCCACCAAGGCAGAGAUUGGGUAUCAGCCAGUGACGGGAUUCCAAGACUCCUACCCGCUCCACCUUGUCAAUCUUGCCAGUGUCCGGGACGUGGAGAGCAAGAUGCCGUACGUGAAAGGCGCCCCUCGAUUAUCGGCCACUCGUUUCCGUCCAAACCUUAUUAUUACAGGUCCAGAGGCUUAUAACGAGGACACCUGGCGAAAAAUCAAGAUCGGAUUCUAUGAAUACUACGUUUCUUGCAGAACCACCCGCUGUAAGCUACCUAAUGUGGACCAGUCUACUGGUCAAAAUCAUGCUAGCGAGCCCGACAAGACCUUGAGAAGCUUCAGAGCAGUCGAUGAGGGAGCCGGACCAAAUGUCGGAUGUUUAGGAGUACAGAUGAUUCCGAUCUCGAAAGAAAGUGCUCUUCGAGUUGGAGACGAAAUUACAGUUCUCGAAACCGGCGAACAUCGCUACAUUAAGUGA